AUGUCACUCUAUCUAUAUCUAUCUAUCUAUCUAUCUAUCUAUCUAUCUAUCUAUCUAUCUAUCUAUCUAUUACAUAAUGGUGAGGUUUUGAAAUUAAAAAAUUAUUUAUCUAUAAAUCUAAAAAAUCUAUCUAUCAUCUAUCUAAAAAUCUAUCUAUCUAGUCUGUCUUUAUCUAUCUAUCUAUUUAUUAUUAUAAAUCUAAAAGCAAAAUCUAUUAUUCUAUCUAUAAAUCUAUCUAUCUAUCUAUCUAUCUAUCAUUUCUGUUUGACCGACUUAGUACAAAUACAAGCCUCCACUGUGAAACCACUCCAUAACACUGUUCUUUAUCUAUCUAUCUAUCUAUCUAUCUAUCUCACCAGUUUUUUGUCUAUCUUCCUCGGUGGGUUCACAUCUAUCAAGUGCCCCUCCUUCUUUAUCAAUGCACUAUUGCAAUCGUGUGGGCACAGCGUCGAACACGAGAUUGCAGAAUCUAUCUAUCUAUCUAUCUAUCUAUCUAUCUAUAUAUAUAUAAUUACUAUCUAUCUAUCUAUCUAUCUAUCUAUGUAUGUCUGUUACUAUCUAUCUAUCUAUAUGUUACUAUCUAUCUAUCUAUCUAAAAUCUAUCUAUCUAUCUAUCUAUCUAAUCGUUUCUUCUAUCUAUCUAUCUAUCUCAGUGAAAGAAAUCUAUCUAUCUAUCUAUCUAUCUAUCUAUCUAUCUAUCUAUCUCAACUAAAGUUCUUUCUUUCUUUCUUUCUUUCUUUCUUUUCUUUCUUUCUUUCUUUCUUAUCCUCUUCAUGUCGAGUCGUCUUUUCAUAUCUAUCUAUCUAUCUAUCUAUCUAUCUAUCUAUCUAUCUAUCUAUCUAUCUAUCUAUCUAUCUAUUUCAUUCUGUUCAUUAUCUAUCUAUCUAUCUAUCUAUCUAUCUAUCUAUCUAUCUAUCUAUGCCAACCACUAUACACUAUCUAUCUAUCUAUCUAUCUAUCUAUCUAUCUAUCUAUCUAUCUAUCUAUGUCUUCCUUUAUCUUAUUAUUUUUAAUAUUCAUCUUUUUCUUACUUGUAUAUGUUCUGUCUUCCUGCCCCCCUCACUACUUUGGUGUUUCUUUUUCUUUUUUUCUAUCUCCCUCUUAAAUGUCUUUUCCAUUAUUUGUGGUUUGUUCCUCUGUUUUCUUCUUUCUUUCUAUCCUUUUUAA